CGCGCUGGUCAUGGAGCGUGCGGAGUGCUGCCGGGACCUGUGGCACUUGCUGGAGGCGGGCGGGUUCCUACCCGAGCCCGUGGCGCGGGGGCUGUUCCGCCAGGUGCUGCAGGCCGUGCGGCACUGCACCAGCCGCGGCGUCCUGCACCGCGACAUCAAGGCCGAGAACGUCCUCGUCGACCUGGCCACCGGCGACGUGAAGCUCAUUGACUUCGGCUGCGGCACGAUCCUCCAGGACACCUUCUACACCACGAUGGCAGGAACGCGCGAGUACUACCCGCCGGAGUGGAUCCUCUUCGGCUGCUACCACGGCCAGCCAGCCACCAUCUGGUCCCUGGGCAUCCUGCUCCAUCACCUGGUGUGCGGACACCUUCCUUUCAGAACCAGAGAGGACAUCGUGCGGGGCCAGCUCUUCUUCCCGCCCCGGGUGUCUCAAGGUGGGGAUCGCAAAAAGGCAACAGUCAUACCUGCCUCCAUGAACAAUAGUCCACAAGGCUUCCCACCUUUUGGCUAA